GACGAAAAGACGAAGACGUCACGAGUGACGAAUGUUUGGACACAAGCAGACGACGUAGAUGCAACGACAUUCUUGCAAGAAUGAGGAGCUGACGCCACUGAAUCGAACCGGAUCGUAACACCAGACCGCUGCCGAAAUGUCAUGGAGGGAAUCGGGUGGAGGGCGCGGUGGGACGGGCCGCCUGCUGGCCGUUUUCCUUGCCCUAACCUGCUGCACCUUGCACUACUAUGCUGCAGCCCAGGACUCUGAUGCUGACACCCAGGAUCUUGAUCCCUACUCUGACCGCCUCAUCCCGGGUGAAGCGUUCUUAGGGGACGCAAACCUCGCCUUGUUUGACUGGCCCGACGGAGAAGACAAGAUCAGGAGUGUACGCAGUGCAACAGAUGGACAGUCAGAAAGUGCCAGAAACCUUGGCAAGAAUGAUGCUCACAGCAUCAACGUCCCUUCUGAAGAGGCACCUGGUGACGAAGCGGUAGCCAACAAUGCACCCUCCACCAACACGACUGCUAAUGCAACGUCUUCUUCCACUACCACUUCUCCAGACCCUAUUCUUCCUGACAAAAGCGCUGCCGAGGAGGAGCACAAUUCAUCCAUGUCAAUAUUCUUUGUGCUGUGUGUGCUAGCUCUUGGUAUCCUCCUCAUCCAUCUAAUGCUGCAGACCCACUUCCAGUAUCUACCUGAAAGCGUUGUCAUUGUGUUCCUAGGAGCACUCAUAGGUUUAAUUGUCAACCUUAUUUCCGACCAGAACAUAGCUAACUGGAAGAAAGAGGAGUCCUUUUCUCCUACAGCCUUCUUCCUUGUCCUGCUUCCGCCCAUAAUUUUUGAGUCUGGUUACAAUCUUCACAAGGGUAACUUUUUUCAGAAUAUAGGAUCAAUCCUUGUGUUUGCCAUAGUUGGAACCACAAUUUCUGCCCUUGUAAUUGGGGCUGGCAUUUAUGUCUUGGGUAUUGCAGAAGUAGCAUACCGUUUGAGCUUUGUGGAAAGUUUUGCAUUUGGUUCUCUAAUAUCAGCAGUCGAUCCUGUAGCAACAGUUGCUAUCUUCCAUGCUCUUGAUGUUGAUCCAGUUCUUAAUAUGUUAGUAUUUGGAGAAAGUAUUUUAAAUGAUGCUAUUUCAAUUGUGCUUACAACAAGCAUUUUGGAGAGUAACAACCCUGCCAUGUCAUCCUGGGAAGCUUUCAAAACUGGCAUAAACAGGUUUUGCAUGAUGUUUUUUGCCUCUGCGGGCAUUGGAGUUGUCUUUGCACUUGCUAGUGCAUUGCUACUGAAACAUGUAGAUCUUCGAAAACACCCCUCCCUAGAAUUUGGAAUGAUGUUGGUGUUCACCUAUGCUCCUUAUGCUCUGGCUGAGGGAAUCCAUCUGUCAGGCAUCAUGGCAAUUCUAUUCUGCGGCAUUGUUAUGUCUCACUACACUCAUUUUAAUCUUUCCACUGUGACACAAAUAACCAUGCAACAGACAAUGAGGACACUUGCUUUCAUUGCUGAAACCUGUGUGUUUGCCUACUUGGGCUUAGCUAUAUUCAGCUUUAGACAUCGAAUCGAACCUGCUCUUGUUGUUUGGAGCCUCAUUUUGUGUCUUCUUGGUCGGGCGGCAAAUAUUUUUCCCCUAGCUAUUCUUGUGAACCGCUUCAGAGAACAUCAGAUAACCCCUCGAAUGAUGUUUAUCAUGUGGUUCAGUGGCUUAAGAGGUGCAAUUUCGUAUGCACUCUCUCUUCAUCUAGAGUUCAGCGACGAAACCAGACAUGUCAUUAUAACAACUACACUCAUCAUUGUUCUGUUCACAACACUCGCUCUUGGAGGUUCAACAAUGCCUCUGAUGAAAUUCCUCCAAGCUGGUCCUAAAGAACGCUCAAGACGUAGGAGAAGAGACAAGGGCCUGUCAUUGAGUAAAACUAGGGAAUGGGGACAAGCUAUCGACUCGGAGCAUCUGUCUGAGCUAACUGAAGAGGAAAUGGAAGUUGGUUUCAUGCAGUCCCGUAUCAAAGGCUUUUCUCGCCUUGACAUUAAAAUUUUUAUACCGUUCUUUACUCGACGCUUCACUCAACAAGAACUUAAAGACUGUAAGAGUCAAAUGAAUGAUUUAACCAAUCAAUGGUACCAAACAAUUCGUCUAUCACCCACUGAAACAGAUGAUGAGGCACCUCUUUCAGCAACACCCCCAUCACAAAAUGCUUAAGAAUGCCCAAUGAGGACAGUAUUUAGAAAAACUGUAAAGAAAAAAGUGCAACUCAUUUGCAUUUUCAGUAAAAUAAUGGCAUUAUAUCGUAUCUAUCAUCCUGAAUUUUCUUCUAACAAUUCAGUGUCAGUGUUUAGAGGAAGCUACACAGUGGGACCAUAACAGCGCAGACACUACUAAAAUUGACCUUAUCAUAUUUACUAGCUGAACAUAUUGGCUGUGGUUAAACACUUAUGUAAAGUGUUUUAGUUUGAAUUGUAUUUUGCGGAAUGGUAUUGAACCUAGUCAGUCAUAUUACAAAGAAAAGUUAUGGAAGCAUGUAGGUUUUAAAGUUAAAUGAUAUAGUGAUCACUAUUUUUCUUUUUGUUAUGUUUUAUGAAAAUUUUAUUUUUUUCCAAGUGUUAAGAUUUGUUUGUCAGUUUUUAGUAUAAAAUUCUUCUAUUGCUGGGGGAAUUUUUCGAAGAUGGUGCUAUGAUCUUUAUUGGUACUAACUGAUCGAUAGUUGACGUACGUGCAAAGUAUUAACUGUGUUGUGAUUUUGUUGUGUUAAUGAUGAUGAAGGUUUUAAAGUGUGAUUGAACUUUUGUGAUUAAUAUUUAUGUGAUUCCUGAACAAAUUUUUAUACGGGGUCUAACAGCUCAAGAGCUAACAUAUGUCUUUAGUUCUAUAGAGCUACCAUAAGAGUAUGUCUUUAGUUCUUUACAAAAUGUUACCCUGCAAUGAGAAUAUAAAAGCUAAAAUUUUAAAUUGUAAUAGGUUUUUGGAUGGAGCCAUAGUUUGCUGGUAAUUUUCUGUAGCAUGCAGAAUCUUUGUUAAAUGGUUGACAAAAAUGCCGAUCAUAUGAUGUGGUUGAGCAUGCUCCAUAUGAAAGUAACAGCUAUCUUUCAGUAUUUACGCUUUAAAAGACCUUUCAUAUUGUGAAGUGGAACAAGUAUUAUAUUGUGUGGUACAUAUGAAUUUGUUUAAUGUAACUUAUGUUCCUAAACUAGCUUUGUUUAAGGCAAUUUACAUGUCACAGAUAAAAUAAAGCAUGUUUUUAUUGGAA